AUGCCGCUAACAAAACAAGAAAUAUCCCUCCUAAUCAAUCCGCUCGUCCCAGAGUCCGUCCAGCAUAAUAACCGAAUCCUCUCGAACCUCCACUCCAUCACCUCUUUCCUCCUGGGUCUAACGGCCGGAAUCCUCGCCCUGCAGUCCGCAACGGGGUUCCUGUUCUAUCUAGCCGGCACGAUCGUUGUUUCGGGCGUUUUCCACAUCUUCUUGCUUUACCGGUCAAAUGGGCAGGGGUCGGGAGUCUUCUUUCCCGGGCCGAACGUGGGCGAGAUCGAGGGGAUUGAUGCGAAUGGGAUGGUGUGGGGUGGUAGGCAGAUGAGGAGGAAGGGUUCGUGGAGAGAUGUGUGGCUUGGGGGUGGGGUUUUCGGGGAGGCACUGUCUGGGUUUGUGCUUGGGUGGGCUGGUGUUGGGGGUGUUUUGAGGUGA